CUUUUCUACUCGACUGCAGAGUACAAGCUACAAGGUCGUACUCACCAAAAUACACCCAAGGUCGUCUUUAAGAGAGCAGUCUUAUCAAGAAUGAAUGACCCUUUCUCUUCUCUCGACGCUCCGCCUCCUCGAUACCUCCUCGAAUCCGAUUCUUCCGAUGAUGAAUUACCUCAUUCUCCUACAACUCCACCACCUCCAACACUUUCAGUCACCUCUAACCCUUCAUCCACUCCUUCAGAACUCGUACUAGCUAUAUCUCAAGCUGGUCGGUAUCUUCUACGUCAUCUUCCUCCUCAAAACUCUCCUGCUACAAAUCUAAGAUUUCUCCACAAUGGUGAUCCUAUCGGAAGAGGGAUAGACAUGAAGGAGACCAUGGUGGUCAUGAUGGAAGAUGAUCUCGAACCGAGGAUGGCACAUAUGAUGACGGAGAAACUCAUUGGUAUGUUUCCUGAUGCUAAAUGGACUGUGUUGACAACGUAUUCUCCCGUCAUGUAUGUUCCUAUAGGUGGUAAAAGAUUACCUCAAGAUCCACCAAUAAGGGUGAUUUCAUCUGUUGAAAAAGGAGUACCAGAUGGAAAAUAUGGUUAUGAGACUCCUAAUCAUUUGACGGGGUUGGCGGCUGCUUUCUUAUCAGCUGCCAUACAUCCCGCAUUCCCGGUCGAAAACGUUACGACUCUUCUACUUCCCCUCCCUCUUUCCUCCCUUGGACCUUCAAACCUAGCCGAUUCACUCCAAGCCCUCAUACCGCAUCUGGCCGAUCUGGUGAGACGCAAUAAAGGACAAUGGGAAGAAGAAGACGAUGAACUUUGGUCAGCACCAGGUAUGGGAGAUGGAAAGAAGAUUGGAAAGGUGGAGAAAGAAGUGUCGGGGAUGUAUACCUGA